AUGAAGCUCACUUCGUCCAUUCUUUUCUCGCUUGCGAGCGUCACCCCGCUGGUCUCGGGGCACUAUGUUUUCUCCAAGCUCAUUGUCGACGGCAAAGCCACCCAGGACUUUGAGUACAUUCGCAGAAACACCAACGGCUACAUGCCCACCCUUCCCUCCGACAUCCUCAGCAAUGACUUCCGCUGCAACCAGGGCUCGAUGGCGUCCGCCGCCAGUACCAAGGUGUAUAAGGUGGCCCCCGGCACGGAGCUCGGCUUCCAGCUUGCCUACGGCGCCCAGAUGAAGCACCCGGGUCCUCUACAGAUCUACAUGUCCAAGGCUCCCGGCGAUGUCAAAUCAUACGACGGCUCCGGCGACUGGUUCAAGGUCUACCAGGAAGGCCUCUGCGCCGACCCCUCCAAGGGGAUUGUGGACGAGGACUGGUGCACAUGGGGCAAGGAUACCGCGUCCUUCAAGAUCCCCAAGGACACGCCCGCCGGGCAGUAUCUUGUCCGCGUAGAGCAUAUCGGCCUGCACCGAGGGUUCAGCGGCAAUGCCGAGUUCUACUUCACCUGCGCCCAGAUCGAGGUCACGGGCUCUGGGUCUGGAUCGCCUAGUCCUGUCGUCAAGAUUCCCGGCGUGUACAAGCCUGAUGAUCCGAACGUUCACUUCAACAUCUACUAUCCCACUCCGACGGCAUAUGACCUCCCGGGCCCGUCGGUCUGGACUGGCGGCUCGGCAGGAAGCGUCGGUGCCGGUGCUUCUCCUGCCGUCACUGCUACUGUGCCAGCUGUCAAUAACAAUGCUGCCUCGGCUGCUCCCACCACCAUGACGACUGUCACCAAAUCUCCCGCCGCACCCACUGCUGGUGCAGGUACGGGUUGUGGUAGCUCUGUUUCCUCGUCCGCUGGAGCCCCCGGUGGAGCCCUCAAGAAAUAUGCUCAGUGCGGUGGACUGAACUGGACUGGUUCUGGCUCUUGCGAGACCGGUACUACCUGCCAUCAGUACAACCCUUACUAUCACCAGUGUGUUUAG